AUGCUUGACACAACAACCUACCUGACCGGAAUAGCCAAGGUCUUUGUCGAACCCGUCGUUCUCGGCCACGAUACUUUCAACUUCAAUGAUUUGGCAUUUCUAAUUGAAAAUGAACGAACCGGCAAGAGAGUCAUGUUUGACCUCGGCACUCGGACGGAUUACUGGAAUCUCGCGCCAGCAGUGCAGCGUAUCUUUGGUCUGAAUAGUGUUAUGACGGGAGUCAAAGUUGACAAAGAUGUUGCUCAAAUUCUCGUUGAGGGAGGAGUUAGUCUUGAUACAAUUGGUAAUUCGUGUAUCUGGACCUACUAUCAUUACGAGCACUGCGGUGACAUGUCCCCCUUUCCUCCAUCGACUUCCAUCACCGUUGGAGCCGGGUUCACCAAAGCAGGGUUCCUUCCUGGCUACCCCGAAAACCCCACUUCUCCCGUUCUUGCUUCGGAUUUCGAAAGCAGAGAACUCAUCGAGGUGAACUUUGAGAAUGGCUUGGAAAUUGGAGGCUUCAAAGCUCACGACUACUUUGGGGAUGGUUCACUAUAUCUGCUCGAUUCCCCUGGCCACUGUGCAGGCCACAUCUCUGCAUUAGCUCGCACCACCCCAGCUUCAGCAGAAGGAGGCGCUUCGUUCGUAUUCUUGGGCGGAGACAUCUGCCACUUCGCAGGUGAUUUCAGGCCUUCGUCUCAAAAACCAUUGCCGGAUCCCGUUCCCGAAUUUGCUCUUGCAAGACGCCAUGCUCCUAUUCCCUGUCCGUGCUCCCUCACCAGACAUCACCCAAAUGCGGAUAAUGAACUAGUGGGACGCACAGCGCCUUGGUAUAAGAUGGCUGGCGAGUUUCCAACUGCUUAUCAUGACAUCCACGAGUCGCGUGCAUCGGUAUCUAAGAUGCAGGCUUUGGACCAAAAUGACGAUAUUUUGGUUUGUUUGGCUCAUGAUGCUAUUCUUCUUGAUGUCAUGCCAAUAUUUAACGAGGACCCCAAGAAGGAUAUCAAUGGAUGGAGAGAAAGAGGCUUGAAGGAUAAAUGUCACUGGGAUUGGCUGAGUGAGGUUCCAAUUGAUGGAAAGCCGGCACAGACUCCUCUGAUCCAGGGCUUCUGGAGAGAUGGUAAACCGUGGGAUUAUAUGUCAUUCAAGAAAGCCUUGACGCUACCUCCCCUCUGA